AAUCAUGACGAGUACUCCGCUCUUUGCCUUAACUGUGAACAUGCCAUCCAAUGUGAGGUCCUGUCUGACGAGGCUGCAGAGAGUAGACUGCUGGGAUUGGUGCAGUCUUCCAGGGAACAUGCAAUCUUUAUUUACACUCAUCGCAGAAUGGCCAUAUCUGCUGACGACGUGACUCUUGAGGACAUUCUACCCAUCUCCCUCGACUUUGCCGUUGUUGAAGUUUCCUCCCCAGAGGAACUGGCGGUCGUUGGAGCUGAUACCAGAGUCAGACUGAGUUUCCUCGAAGAGGCGCUGGAGCUCAGACUUCCUUUCGGGUCUCACUCGCGGCUCUUUCUCAGCGAAGUGAUCAGAGCGUGGAGUGAUGUUUGCAAGUCUCCCUCAGAGGUCCCCAACUUUGAGUGGAUCAAUAAGUAUCAGAAAGGUCCUAAAGGUGUUGCCAAACAGGCCCUAGCACCGCUCACCACAACACUUACCAAACUCAACCAGCACCGGAAAGCAGAGAAAUCAUCAGAUAAAAAGGGAAGUGCAGAAAAGGAGAAAGCUUCCAACAGUGGCGUGCACAAGAACAGAGGGGUUUCAAACCCAGACAGGUUACUAACACUGGAACAGAAGGAUCUACAUUUGGAAUCACUAGAGGAGAAAGAAAAGAAAAAGAACAUGAACCAACACCAGGAAUAUUGGACUGGGAAUUGCAGCAACAGCAGCUUCAGCCGGGAGCUCCGGGAUGACCUGGUGCACUCGUCCAGCCACACCGCGUCCAACAAAGCUCAGAUACUGACCAUGCCUCAGUUCAACCUGCGUGACAACCUCAUCAAGUGUGAGCUGCUGAAGAACGAAGACCAGUACACGUACCUGGAGGACUUUAGUAUUUUUCUUGGCACAUACAAUGUGAACGGACAGGCGCCAAAGGAGAGCCUCAGUCCUUGGCUGAACUCCACCGUCCUCCCUCCCGACAUGUACUGCAUUGGUUUCCAGGAGCUCGAUCUCAGCAAAGAGGCGUUCUUUUUCAACGACACUCCUAAAGAGAUGGAGUGGACCAACGCCGUGGGCCGGGCCUUACAUCCAGAUGCCAAGUACGCCUUAGUGAAGUUGGUGCGUCUGGUCGGCAUCAUGCUGAUCUUCUAUGUAAAGAAGGAACACGCAGAGUUCAUAUCGGUGGUGGAGGCGGAGACUGUGGGCACUGGGAUCAUGGGAAGGAUGGGUAACAAGGGAGCUGUGGCAAUCCGCUUUCUGUUUCACAACUCCAGCAUCUGCGUGGUCAACUCCCACCUGGCCGCGCACAUCGAAGAGUACGAGAGACGAAACCAAGACUACAAAGAUAUCUGCAGCCGACUGCAGUUUCGACAGCUGGAUCCCACGCAGCCUCCAGUCACGAUCAUGAAGCAUGAUGCGGUCUUAUGGAUCGGAGACCUGAACUACAGAAUCACUGACCUGGACGUCAGCAGUGUGAAGGAGCUCAUCGACAAGAAGGACUUUGAAACACUGCACAGUUAUGAUCAGGUACCAGCAUCAGGAAUUCCUCUUCUUUUCCUCCAGUUCCACUUUAAAGAUGUGAAGUUCAUGCAGCAUCAGGCGGAGGCUUUCACCAUCACGAACGACGGACAGGUGCCCUGUCAGUUUGAGUUUAUCACCAAACCCAACGAACCCACGUACUGCAAGCCCUGGCUCACGGCCAAUCCUCCAAAAGGCUUCAUCGCUCAGGGAGCUUCUGUGGACGUUGAGCUCGAGGUAUUCGUAAACCGCUCCACGGCGCCCAAACUCAACUCUGGCGCGGAAGAGAUUGAAGACAUUUUGGUGCUGCACCUGGAGCGGGGGAAGGACUACUUCAUACCCGUGACAGGGAACUACCUGUCCAGCUGCUACGGCACCUCCAUCCUCUCGCUGUGUAAUCUGAAGGAGCCCGUCCAAGAAAUGCCGCAAGAAACGCUCCGCAAACUGGCUGAAAUGUCUCUCGGUGAAAACGCCGUCAGCACCGAGAAGCCUCUGGACAUUCCUAAAGAGCUGUGGAUGAUGGUGGAUCACUUGUUUCGUAACGCAAUCAAACAGGAGGACAUAUUUCAACAGCCUGGACUCAGGAGUGAAUUUGCAGAAAUACGUGAUUGUCUUGACACUGGUAUACCAGAUUCUCUACCCGGCAGUAAUCACUCGGUGGCAGAGGCUUUGCUCCUUUUUCUAGAUGCCCUCCCAGAGCCUGUGGUUCCUUAUUCUUUUUACCCCCAGUGCCUGGAAAACUGCUCCAGUGCCAGUCAGUGUGAGAAAAUUAUUUCCAUGCUACCUCGGUGCCAUGAAAACGUGUUCAACUAUUUAGCUGCCUUUCUACGAGAGCUUUUAAAGAAUUCCGCCAGCAACCGAUUAGAUAGCAAGAUCCUGGCCACUAUUUUCGCCUCCUUGCUCCUGAAGUCGCAGAAGAAGCAGGAUCUUGGCGAAAAGAGAAAGACUCAGGAAUUCUUUCACCACUUCCUGGUCCAGGGCCCCUCGUAGAUCAAGGACAACUGUCCGUUUGUCCGUGACGCUGGAGCUGAACACUAAAAACUGUACAAGUUCAGUAUUUGAGAUUACAUCAUCAUGACUUUUUACAUUGUUUGUAUAGAUUAUUGAAAGUGACAAUUCCUCUCUGAUGCUAGUUUGUUUUAAAGCGACCUUUGUGAUGAACAGUUUAUUGUACAUCUUGAGCUGAAGAGUCCUAAAUAUUGUUCAGUGUAUCUAAAGUUUAUUUAAGGAUAAUUUGUAUUUUCAUGUUUAUUAAUUCAAAUGUGUACUGUUUGUACGAAGGAAGAUAUAUAUAUAUAAAAAAAGAAACUAUGAAAACAUG